AUGAAAGCCAUUUCUUCUUCGGAUGAAAUUUGUCUCGUUGCACAAAUUUAUGCUUAUAUAAUUAAAGCGUGUAAAAAUUUGAAUGCUGAAGAACGUGGUCGACUACUUCAUCAAGAAAUACUUUAUUAUAAAUUAAAUACCGAUCAUUAUUUGGCUACACUACUUAUUGAUAUGUAUUCAAAAUUUCAUGAUUUAAAAGCAUGUGAAGUAGUAUUUCAAGCCAUUAAUCUAAAACUUCAUAAUUUAUAUACGUAUUCAACAAUGAUGAAAGCUUAUACACACAAUGAUAUGCCAGAAAAAACAUUGGAAAUAUAUAAACAGAUUAAAAGAGUUGGAUAUUUAUGUGUAUUGAAUGCCUAUGCAAAAAUUGGUAUGUUAAAAUUGGCUAAUCAAAUUUAUUGUGAAUUACCCGAAUCGCUUUUACGAGCACCAAUAGCCAGACAAAUAUUUGAUAAUCUGAAUAAACGACAGAGUAGAAAAGUGUACAAUACAAUGAUCAAUGUAUACGGUAUAAAUGGACGUGGACAAGAUGCAUUAAAAAUGUUUCACCAAAUGAAAUUGAAUGAUGUUAAAUUAGAUUUUUAUACAUUGAUAUAUAUUCUCAGUGGAGAAUAUGAUAAAUGUGAAUUAUUAAUUCAAGAAUUUGAACAAGUAUUUAAUCAUCCAUUAUUAAAACUACGGUAUAUUCUAUUUGCAUCUAUCAAUACUAACUCAUCAUUAAGCGAAGAACAACGUAAAAAUAAAUUACAAAAUAUUUUAGAUAGAAAUCCUCGUUCAAAUGUUCAAAAUCCCAAUAGAAUUAUACCGAAAUACCUACAAACACUCUUCACGUCGGAGAUACCGGUCCCAAUUCUAAUGGAUAUCUCUGUCUAA